AAAUGUCCGAAUUCAGUUUGAGAGGCAUGGCACUGGUGACGGAAGUGCGGCUGCGCAGCCGCAAGUCGCAAGCGAACGAGGAGCCUCGGAAAGGCAAGAAAAGCAAGAAAAACAAACGUCGACGCCUAGCAAACGGUGGCGCGGUUGAGGAUGGAGAUGAAGAAGACCCAUGCGCGGAUAUGUAUAGGGCUGCACAAGAUCAGUUAGAGCAGGAGAUGAAGAUAGCAGGAAUGGAGGGUACUUUACCACUGAGUUUUGGUGGCAGAUCGGGCUCUAAGACGUCGAGGAAGCGCAAGAGAUCACUGGAGGAAGAGGAGGAGCAAUUUCCAGACGAGGAAGAGACCGGGGAAGUGGAUGGUGAAGAGAGCAACAGUGUUGUGAACGCUGGGCAACAAGAAGAUGGAAGUGAAGAGGGAAUUGCUGUUGAUGGGGAGGAGCAAGUUGCAGAGGAGGAGGCUCCGAAAAUGGAGACGACGAUUGUCGACAAGGUUCGCGUCGUGUACGACUCAGAUGGAGAAGUGGCGGAGCGUGUCAUCGAGAAGGUUGAGGUGGUUGGAGAAGCUAAAUCUCAGGAGCAGACUAUCCGUGAUAUCGAACAUAAGAACUCAACUGGAAAGAAGAAGAAAAACAAGUAUCCAGUUCCAAAGGACGUUGUUAAGUUCUACCUGCAAAGACAUACUCUUUUCGAGAAGUUUGAAGAUGGCAUCCAGCUGGACCACGAAAGUUGGUACUCGGUGACACCUCAAGUAAUUGCUGAGCAUAUAUCAAAGCGUCUUGCCUGUGAUGUCGUGGUUGAUCCUUUCUCAGGUUGCGGCGGGAACGUGAUCCAGCUAGCGAUGACGUGCAAGCAGGUUAUUGCGAUCGACAUUGACCCUGAAAAGAUCCGCAUGGCAAAACACAAUGCUGCGAUUUAUGGUGUCGCGGACAAGAUCGAGUUUAUCGUUGGCAACUCGAUUGAUAUCCUGCCAAACGUCAAGGCUGAUGCAGUGUUCUUAUCUCCGCCAUGGGGAGGCGUGAAGUACAGUCGAAAGCACUUCAGCUUGGAAGAAAUGCUUGUGAAAGGCGUCUCGGGGUUGGACCUGUUUGCCAAGGCUCGUCAAGUAACAAGGAAUAUUGCAUACUACCUCCCGAGGGGUACACCCACCAAGGACUUAGAGGCAUUAACGCCUGGUGAACCCGUGGAGUGCGAGAAGAUUUUCCUGAACAAGCAGCUGAAGGUCGUGACUGCUUACUAUGGCGACUUGGUUAAGCAAGCCGAACAUCCUGCGUUGCUAAAUGGACAGAAGGAAGAAAUAUAAACGUCUAAGCAGUGGAUUUGUUAUCACCCUAAGACGCCCAAACGUUCAUGCAAACUUUACUGUACAGGCGCUGUGUUUGCAGACUU